UGACGUCACGGGCGGCUUUGCGCCGAGCGCGGCUUCUGAGGAAACAGCUGUUUGCUUGCGUCGGUCCGGCUGCUGCUCGCUUGAGCGACCCUUGUGGGGUCGAGAGGACCCCUCUCUCCCAGACCCGUAGCCUCGCCGCAGCCGGCAGGGUCCCCGGAGACGAGGACCCACUCCAGCGCCAGAUGCUCGGCGAGGAAGCGAGGGAGGCGUCACGGGUGAUGGCGGACGCGGGUGGGGGGAGCGUGGAGGCCGUGGCGCUCCCGCUUCCCUCACUUCCUGAGGAGGGAGGCACCGUCCACGGCCCCGAGACCGCAACCGGCUGCCAGGCUCCGGCCAGCGGGGACCGCAGUCCUGUAGCCGAGGAAGCGGAGCGGGAAGAGGCGCUGCCUCUCACGGGGGGCCUGGAAACGGUCGCCGUGGCCAUGGCAACCGACGGCGCCCGGGAUCGAGUCUGUGGACCCGGAGUGUCGCCCGGCCGGGGCGGGGAGAAGGUUCUGGAACUUUGUGGCGCCCAGAGGUCGGUGUCCGAGGUGACGGCGGAGGACGCGGACGCCGCCAAGUGCACCGCAGCCCCUGUGGCUGUGGAAGAGGUGAAGGGAGGAGUGGAGAAAGAGGCAGCGGAGGAGAAGAUGGAGGUGGAGGAGGAGAUGGAGGGAGAGGAGAAGCCAGUCGGCCGAGAACAUGGAGCGGCAGAUGAGGUGAAGGAAGGAGUGGAGAAGGAGGAGAAGAUGGAGGGAGUGGAGAAACCAGUCGGCCGAGAAAUUGGAGCGGCAGAUGAGGUGAAGGAAGGAGUGGAGACGGAGGAGGAGAUGGAGGGAGAGGAGAAGCCAGUCGACGGAGAACACGGAGCGGCCGAUGAGGUGAAGGAAGGAGUGGAGACGGAGGAGGAGAUGGAGGGAGAGGAGAAGCCAGUCGGCGGAGAACACAGAGCCUCCGAUGAGGUGAAGGGCGCCGCAGGGUUCCGGCCCCUGCACUACGGUUUGCGCCUGAACCCCCUGGAGGCCAUCCAGAUGGAACUGGACACCGUGAGCGCUCAGGCCGAUCGGGCCUUUCAGCAGCUGGAACAUAAGUUCGGAAGGAUGCGGCGACACUACCUGGAACGGCGCAACUACAUCAUCCAGAACAUCCCCGGCUUCUGGGCCGCGGCUUUUCGGAACCACCCGCAGCUCGCCCCCCUGAUCAGGGGCCGGGAUGCCCAGAUGCUGAGGUACAUCACCAACCUGGAGGUGAAGAAUCUCAGACACCCGCGGACUGGCUGCAAGUUCAAGUUCUUCUUUCGAAGAAACCCCUACUUCAGAAACAAGCUGAUCGUGAAGGAAUACGAGCUGCGAGCCUCUGGCGGAGUGGUGUCGCUCUCCACGCCCAUCAUUUGGCGCACGGGCCAUGAGCCCCAGUCCUUUAUCCGCAGGAACCAAGACAUGGUCUGCAGCUUCUUCACCUGGUUUUCAGAUCACAGCCUCCCAGAGUCGGACAAGAUCGCCGAGAUUAUCAAGGAGGACCUGUGGCCAAAUCCACUGCAGUAUUACCUGCUGCGUGAAGGUGUGCGGAGAGUCAGACGCCGCCCCAUAAGGGAGCCGGUGGAGAUCCCCAGGCCCUUUGGAUGCCAGUCUGGCUAAGUCACCCUCCUGGGACUAGUGCACCGGCUGCCCAACCACCACCACCACCACCUCUUGCUGGACUUGUGUUUGGGAAACAAGUGGGUACACCUGACUUUUGUUCAUAUUGCUGGGGCUCGCCUCCGUGUAGUUAUAACCAUUUUCCCUAUGGACGUUCAGUUAUUUUAACCUCAGGAUCAAGACCUUCGUGGCCCAGUGCCCCCACCUACUCAUGGCCUUUAUGCAGUUCUGCGUUUCUCUUCCGUGCUGCAUGUCAUGAUUCCCAUCACGUCUAAGAGAACACUGCCUUCAUUUGCGCUGCUUGCACCCUGUUUGGUUUCAGGGCCACUGGUCUGAUUCAUCCCACUUGUGUAGGAGUUCAUUUCUACCCGUUUUGCUUUGUAGUCUAGACAACCCGGUGGGCAUUUGCUGGCCAGUAAUAAUAUGAAAGAAGAGCAGGAGUGGGCCUCAUGUUCCUUGUGAUUUGUAACUUUGUUGCUGUUUUUUGCUCCUUGGGCCACCUAUUGCUGCCUGCUGCUGGUAAUGCCCUCCCCCUUUGGCAUAGCUACUUAGUAAAUAGACAGUUUGUUCUCAGCUUCACUGACUGGUUUUUGGUAAAGUCUCCAGAACUGGUAGUGGGCCAGUAUACAAAGGACUUCAUUUCUCUCCCCCAACUGACCCCUCCUAGACUCUUCAGCUUCAUUUUCCUCCACCCCCAUCAUCUAGGAACCCUGCUGAUUGUCAAGACUGUGUCCUCAUGACAAGAGUAAGAAUGGUGUGUCCAUUCCAGUUACUAGACUUUUCAGCCUCAACUAUUAAGUGCACACAAAAACCCAAGUACCAUAAUAUGUCUCCUUUCUUUAUCCUUAACACAAUAAAAGAGAGAGAGAGAGACAUGAGCAAAAGUACAUGGCUUUCCUCAUUACUUAGAGACAGUUUGUCCAAUAAAAGACUGUCACAGCUCUUCUUCUCUUUCACCUUCACUCUGUACCCCACUUAGGAGUACCUUGCAAGUUAAAAAUAAAAUUAUACCUAGUUCAUAGUGGAUGGAAGAACUACAGUUAUGAUGGGUGCCCUAAGCAGGGGAAACAAAAUGGUCACAGGCAAAAAUGAGCCAAGUUAAAAGUGGGCUUAAGACUGGCAGGCUGAGAACCUUCAAGGAGCAGGUUCUUUCUCUGUCAGUGGUGAUGGAAGAAAAAAAACUUUUCUCAGGAUUUCUAUGAUAGGCUUGGGUGGUUAUGUAAUGUUUAAGACAUGUUGGCUAAACUAAAGAAACCACACCACUUUUGAGUGCUUUCCCAUUUUCAUUUGUGUGAAAGUAAUGCCAUGUCUUUUGUUUCACUACCUGUGAAGUCUUGUUAUUUCCUGUUUUUGCUUUUGGAAAAAUGAGCUGUGCAGACUUUCAGUUGGGAACAGUUGUAAAAAAAGAAAAAAAAAAACCUAUUUCCUUGUACAGUAUAGAGAUUUCAGUGAUUAUUUGUAGUACCUUUCAACUUGUCCUCGAUUUGAUUAAAACUUAGUAUAUUAUGAAGAACUUUGUCUUGUUAGAGUCUAGAGACUGAAAAUUGUUGUAUUCAUGAAAAAUAGCCUUAAACAUUGUGGUUUAUAUGUCUUGUUAAUUUCUUCUAGUAACAGUUUAGUAAUUGAUAACUGACUAAUCACUUUUCCUGAAUACCAUAAAUACUUAAUGCGAUUGCUCUGUCAAAUGUGAAGUGUACUACUGGCAUAUUUAUCUUUACUUCUAUGCAUGAUGGGAAAAUAAAAAAAACAUGUUACUCUC